UUCAGAUUCCAUAAUGACAGUUUAUUUAAACUUUGUGGGAAACUGGGAAGCGGCGAUGAAAUUUUUUUUUUAUUACUUUCCAUGAAUAAAAAUAUAAGUGAAUAAUUAGAGGGUAAGGCAAAUCUAAACUGUAAAAAUAAAUAUUGUUACCUUUACCAUUACCACUUUGUAACCUAAUGUAAACACAAACAAAUAUAAUAAUUUAAUCAAAAUGGAUAAGUGGAAACUAAUUCGCCAACACUUUGGAAGUGAAGAAUAUGAAAUUAAUGAUGAAAAAGAUGUGACUUUAGGACGAGGCAUCAACAAUACUAUAACUAUUUCAAGCAUAGUUAUAUCUAGAAACCACUGUGUUUUUAAAGUGAAGGAUAAUGAAGUAACAGUAACAGAUUUGAAGAGUUCAAAUGGUAUAUAUGUAGGUUUAAAAAAAAUUCCUCCAAAUAUUCCAUAUUCAUUAAGUGAAAAUGAUAUUAUUGGACUUGGUUGGACAGUUGGAGCUGCACUUUCUGCUAUUAAUGAUAAUGAGAAAUAUGUGUUUAAAUUAAUUAAAGAAAAAGCCAAUAGACCCAUUAAAAAUAGAAUUCAAUUUCAAAAUGAAGAUGAAAGUAAUGAAACAAAAUCAUCUUUGAAAAGAAAGCUAAGCUUAUCCCUAGACAAAAUAAAAAAAGAAAAAAAUGACGAUAAUAAUGCUGUUUGUGUAUUAUCAGAUAGUGAUAAUGAAGAAAAUAAAAAAAAUAGUCAAUCUAAUGUUAAAAAAUUUAAGUUAGAGCAAGAACAUUUGGCUAAUAUAAAAACUGAAAAUGAUGAAUUACAAUAUGAUGCAUUUACAAUAAAACAAGAGUAUUUGGGUCAUGAUGAUGAUGAUGAGCCAAUUCAAAUUGAUAGUGAUAGUGACACUGAAUCACAACAUUGGUAUUUAAGACUCUCCCAGAGCUCUCCAGGAAAACCAUUCAUAAAAAUACCUGCUGAAAAACAGAGAGAAAGUUCACAAGAAAAUUCCUACAGUCAAUGGGAUGAUGUUGUACCAAUGGAUGAUGAUGAAGACAUCUAUUUACAUGACUUAAUCACAAUUCCUCCUGAGCCUCCUAAAAGCGACGAAAACAAUGUUAACCACCCGCAUUCUGAUAAGGAAGAAGUUAAUAAAGUACCUAAUACAAUAUUUAAUAGUCAUGGUAUAGUUGAAAAAAAUUCUACACCUCUAGAUGUCAAUGACAAAGUUGAUGGUAUUCAAAGUAAUGAUAUCAUCACACACAUGGCAGGUUCAAAUAUAACCAGUGCUACACACAAUGAACCAGUAUACACAAAGGCAGCACAAUUAAUUGAUCCGCUUUAUAAACCAAAUAAAAGAAAAUCAAAAGCCAAUCAAGAUUUUGAAUUCAAACUCAAAAGUAAAAAUGAUAAAACUACCCAGAAAUCCAAUAAGUCAAUACCAAAACAAAGCAUAAGUAAUUCACAAAAAGAAGAACGUAAAAGGAAAUUGAAAGAAAUUGCACACAAAGAAAAAGAAGCUGGAGAUUCAGAAAAUAGUUCAAACAAUACACAUAAAGCAGUAGUUAACAUUAAAAUAACUAAUUCUAACCGGGGUGCAUUUUUAAGUAAUGUUGUUCAUGCUACUAUUAAACCUAUGAAGAAGAAAAGUACAGAUAAGACAGAAGAAACAAAUAAAUCCACAACAACUUUGGAUAAAAUUGAUAUUCCUUCUGAUUUGAAAGAAAAACAACAUAGGGAAGAGACAAAACUGGUUAAAACAAAGGGAAAAAGAAAAAGUAGAUCUAAGAGUUCAAAAAAUAAAAAUAGUCAGAAAACUCAGUCAAAAGCUCCUGCACCUAUAAAAACGAUUAAACCAUUAAUGGAGGUUGACAUUUUUAGUUUUUCUGGAAAACCAGUAUCAAAAGUAGAACCUUUUCCUACUAAGAAAAUUAAAAAGAAAGUCAGAUUUUCAGAUGUAGCACCAGAAGUUCAUGUCUUUGAAAUUGAACCAGGGAAUAAAAUGAAAGAAAUUAAAUCUAUUAAAACAUCAUUGGUAGAUGCAAGACAGAUGCCUAUUUUCUCACUAGAAAAACUAACUUUAAUGAAAAUUCUAAGGUGGAACCCACACUGGCUAGAUGAACAAACUACUAACAAUGAACCACCACCUAUAUUGGGACAUAAUAGCACACCCAUGGCAAUAUUUCACUCUUUUAAUAGUCACAAACAAUAUAUACAGUUAGUUGGAGACUUAUUACUAAUGGAAAUAUGGGAAUGUUUGACACAAGGGCACAUGAGAACUCGCAAUCAACCAAAGCUACUACAAAUGAGAAUUGAAAACUUACCACCCGUGCCUCCACUGGAAAGAAGUUUCGAACUGUUUAACCUUAGUGUAAACAUAUCCAUGCCAACAACUGAUGCAAAGAGUGCACCUAGAGUAGGUGAUAUAUUAUUGGUGGAAUUUGGACCAGAACAUGCUCGAAAUAUUAGAUUUUUCUUUGUACAUAAUGUAAGAACAUUACCCGCUCCUCCCAAUAAUAAGAAUACAUUCUUCAGUAUAUCACUUUACACCACAUUUACCGAAAGAAUGAAGAUAUUAAAACCGGGUGAACUUUUGCUAGGCCGAAAUCUUGCUUAUAUAAAUAAGGAGUUAAUGUUGUUUGAAGCCAUGGAGUAUUUGUCGGGAUCACCUCUCAGUGAAGCUAUACUAAAACCUGAACCACAUCAUUUUAUGAGAUAUCAAAAUAAUCCUGCAAUAAGCAUGAAGUCUGAAUGGAUAGCAUCUUUGAAUGAAAGUCAGAAACGAGCAGUGGUAGCCUCCGUUAGCGCGGCGUUGGGUGACCGGCCGAGCAUACAAAUGGUACAAGGACCUCCAGGCACAGGAAAAUCAAGAGUUAUUUGUUCAAUGGUAAUGUCAUAUUUCUAUGACGCGAACGGCAAGAGACAACAGAACCGAGGGAAGAUAUUAAUUUGCGCGACGAGUAACGCCGCGGUCGACGAACUCGUUAUUAGGUUAUUGAAUAUACGACAGAACUUACCGAAACAGGAGCGUUUCCGCAUGGUGCGCGUGGGGCGCGUGGAGGCGAUGCACAGCCGCGCGCGCGACGUCAGCUCGCAGCAGCUCGCGCUGCGCGACGCCGCGCGCCUCCACGCGGAGCCCGCGCACGCCGUGCUCGCCGAGGAGAUAUCACACUUAGAAGCCAAAAUAAACAUGUGGAGAACAGCUGAAAGAGAAGCAAAGGAUCCAGUGCGAGUAGCAUACUGCCAAGGACGGAUUACGAACAUUGUCAAUAGAAUAAAUUUGAUAAGAAAUAAUGGCGGUGGAUCAGGUGAAGAACUACGGCCGGAUAGGCUAAUAGCAGCUGAGAAGAGAAUCAUAGAUUGUGCAGAUAUUAUCGCAACAACGUUAUCCAGUGCGCAGAACAAUAAGAUGAGAGGGGUGCGGGGCCGCAUCGCGCUGUGCGUGGUGGACGAGGCGGGGCAGGCCAUCGAGCCGGAGACGCUGGCGCCGCUCACGCUGCACGCCACGCGCCUCACGCUCGUCGGCGACCCGCAGCAGCUGCCCGGCUUCAUCUGCUCGCAGCGCGCCAAGAAGCACGGCCUCGGCGAGAGUCUGUUCGCGCGGCUCACGUCGUGCAGCGAGCACUGGAGCGCGAGCCCGGUGGUGUUGCUGAACCAGCAGUACCGCAUGCACCCCGACAUAGCCGACUACCCGAACCGCGCCUUCUACGACCGCCGCAUCCUCAGCGUGCCGCGACCCCCCAUCGAUUGGAACAUCCCGCCAUACAUGAUCGUCGGGAUUAGCAGCGGGGAUAAAGGACAGGGGUCGUCGGGCGCCAACGAGAUGGAGGCGGCGGGCGUGUCGCGGCUGGCGGCGGCGCUGGGCGGCGCGGCGCGCGCGCGCGGCCUGUCGCUCGCCGUCAUCACGCCCUACGCGGCGCAUCGCGACCUCAUCAAGAAGCUCCUGCGCCAACUUGACGCGUCGGAGAGCGCGGAGGUGAACACGGUGGACAGCUUCCAGGGGCAGGAGCGCGACGUGGUGGUGGUGUCGCUGGCGCGCUCGCACGGGCUCGGCUUCCUCGCGGACGCGGGCCGCAUGAACGUGCUGCUCACGCGCGCGCGCCACGCGCUGCUCGUCUGCCUCAACCCGCUCGCCGUCACCAAAAAUCAUCAGUGGCGUACGCUUUUAGAAGAUUCACAACAAAGAAGACUUUAUACCAGCUUACCAAAUAAAAUGUGCCGAAUGCCGUCUUCUGGACAAGAUGAUGAAGAUAUACUUCAAUACAUAUGUAAUAAAAAAAGAAAAUAAAUCUCCACUAAAUAUUGAUUGUACAUAUUCGUCGAGCUAUUUUUUUCUUUCGCAAUUGGUCACAUUACUAACAUUACUUCUAUAAAUUUCAUGUAUUUAUACUGCCAAAUGAUAAUAGUAUAAUCUAGCCUUUUUCUAAUAAUUCUAAUAAUUUUUGUAAACAACCUUUAUAAAAAAGUUUUUAUACAGUUCUAAUAUAUGCUAUAUACAAUAGCAAUUAGCAUUCGCUCUACAUGCGAUAAGACAUAACAUGUAAUAAAUAUAAAAGAAAUAAAUUAGUAAGUAGAGCUGCUGAUGAACUUAUUUAAUCAAUCAAAUAUUGAUAAAAAAUGUAUAAUAUGUAUCGGAAAGUUAAAAAAAAAGUCCAGUGCCUUGUUUCUAUUAAUAUAAUCAAUUCUUGACAAAUAAACAUGUGAAACACUAUAAAAAAGCAAGUAUCACAAAGCUGAUAGCAGUUAUUUCACGCCCUUUUAGGCGAUAUACCUUCAUAUUUAAAUAUAAAAUUAAACUUAAUCAAUAAACAAAAGUACAAUUAAUGCUAGACAUAAGUAAUUGUACUCUGUAUGUAGUUUAAAGACAUCUAUAAUUAAUUGAAUAAAAAAUUUGUACAUAAUGAA